AUGCAAACGUUUCGCGCCAUAUUCAACCCUUCGAAAUCGUGCUCAACCAGAGCUGCCAACGUUUUCAAGAACCUGAAAUUCAACGAAAAUCGAGAAAUUCCCGACAAAAAUCCACCUCCCGACGUGUAUUCGUCCACAAAACUCAUAUCCUCACACGCACAGAACUUCAGAUUGGAUGAAGCCCUGAAAGUGUUCGACGAAAUGCCCGCAAAAGACACCGUCGUUUGGAACGUUAUGAUCAAGAGCUGUCUGAACUGCGGGAAUCUGGACAUGGGCCUGAAGCUGUUCGACGAAAUGCCUGAAAGAAACGUAGUUUCUUUUACCACAAUCGUUGACGCCUUUUUAAGGCGCGGGAUGAUCGAGGAAGCUAAAGAUUUAUUCUUGAAGAUGCCUGCAAAGGAUACGGCCGCCUGGAAUGCAAUGGUCAACGGGCUCUUCACAAACGGGAGACCAAACGAAGCAGUGAGAUUGUUCCACUUGAUUCCCUGUAAGAACGUGAUUUCUUGGACGACAAUGAUAAACGGGCUCGAUCAGCUUGGGAUGAGCCACGAGGCUUUACUAAUUUUCUUGAAUAUGGUUAGGGCCGGGCUGAAGCCCACUUCGAGUACUUAUUCCUCCGUUUUGACAUCUUGCGCGGGUUUAAGUGAUUUAUCCCUCGGCCAGCAGUUUCACGGGCAUGCCCUGAAACUCGGGUGUGUUCUGGACGAGUAUGUAGCUACUUCACUAGUUACGUUUUACGCAAAGUGCAAAAGGGUCGAGGAAUGUGUGAAUGCUUUUGAUGAGAAGCUUCAUGAUAACGUAGCUGUGUGGACAGCUCUCCUGACGGGAUACGGCAUGAAUUCUAGGCAUGAGGAUGGUUUACUGGUCUUUCGUGAAAUGAUGAGAUUGAAAAUCGUCCCUAAUCAGUCCUCGUUCACUAGCGCGUUGAAUUCGAGCCGUGAGAUCGAAGCGCUCGACUUCGGGAAAGGGAUUCACUGUGUGGCCACGAAGCUCGGAAUCGAAAAAGACCCCUUUGUGGGGAAUUCCCUUAUUGUCUUGUACACAAAGUGCGGGAAAAUAAAAGACGGGAUUCUCUCGUUCGACGAAACCGAGCCGAAAAACGUAGUUUCGUGGAAUUCGAUAAUCGCGGGUUGCGCGCAGCACGGCCGCGGCAGGUGGGCCCUCGCUUUUUUCACCCGCAUGACAAAAACGGGAGUCGAGCCUGACGAGAUCACGUUCACCGGUUUGCUUACCUCGUGCAGCCACUCGGGCAUGCUCGAGAAGGGAAAACGCGUGUUCGAAAGCAUACCUCGAUUUUUUUCAUCAUCGUCUUUCGAGACGAAGCUCGAGCACUACACGUGCAUGGUCGAUAUCCUGUGCCGAAACGGGAAGUUAGACGAGGCGGAGGAUUUAGUCGCGAAAAUGCCGGUCGAACCCAAUCUGUCGAUAUGGCUCGCGUUACUCGGUGGCUGCAGGUCGAAUAAUUCGAACGUGGAAACCGCCGAACGAGUCGCGAAAAACGUGUUUGAAAUCGAUCCAUACUGUAACUCGGCAUACGUGUUGCUAUCGAACAUAUACGCCUCGACUCAUAGAUGGUCCGAUGUUGCGAGAAUCAGACGGCACAUGAAAAAGAUGGGAACUUUAAGACAGCCCGGCAAGAGUUGGGUUGUGAUAAGAGGCGUGAAGCAUUCGUUUGUCUCGUGCGAUAAAUCGCAUCCUUUGAGCGAGAAAAUAUACGAGAAGUUGGAUUGGUUGGGGGAGAAGCUAAAAGAGCACGGUUACGUGUCUGAACAGAGAUUUGCCUUGCAUGAUGUUGAGGACGAGCAAAAGGAUGAACUAUUGAUGUACCAUAGCGAGAGGCUCGCGAUAAGCUUUGCGCUCGUUAGUGGUACAAAUGGCGAUGGUGUUAUAACGGUUAUGAAGAAUUUGAGGACUUGUGGAGACUGUCAUUCGGCGGUUAAACUCAUGGCGAAGAUUGUCGGGCGGGAAAUCGUCGUUCGGGACUCGAGUCGGUUUCAUCACUUCAGGGAUGGGUUUUGCUCAUGUGGGGACUAUUGGUAA